GCCAGCCGCACUUCCACGAGUGGCGAUGGUCCAAGCAUGGCUGUUUUAUUAAACUAGACUAAGGCCCUCAUCUCGGACCUCCAGCACGUCUCCUCACAGCACGUCUCUCUUUCUUGAUUCUUGCGACAGCUUCGACUACGCAACAAUGGCACCAAACAAGGAAGAAAUCACCAUUGUCGAGACUGCCACCACCUCGAGUGGUGAGCAACACGAGGAGAAGAUCGUUAUCAAGCGCGCCGAUGAUGCCUUCCAAUUCGCCGCCGAUGCUGAGGAAAUCUCAUGGACACCGGCCGAGGAAAGGAGGGUCGUGCGCAAGAUUGACGUCGUGAUUCUGCCUCUCCUCUUCAUCGGUGCGGCGUUGGGAUACGCUGAUGCUCAGGCUUUUGGUUUUGCUGCGAUUUUUGGCAUGAUUCAGGACUUGAAGCUCUAUCACAUCCCCGUGAUCAAUGGCGUUGCAAGAGUAGACCUCCUCGAUACGGAGAGAUACUCUCUCGCAGCAGCUAUGCCGCAACUCGGCUCCCUCGUCCUCCCCAUGAUCGCUCUAUACCUGGCACAAUACGUCUCAUACGGCAAGCUGCUUGGCAUCAUGGGUGUAUACACGGGUCUUCUCGCCACAUUGACUGUCGUCUGCCGUGGUUACGAGGAUGUUCUUGCCCUUCGAUUUUUCUACGGUCUCACUUCUGUCAUCGGAGCAUUGGCGGUCAUCGUAACCCCCAUGUGGUGGAAGACCGACGAACAGCCACUGCGCGUAGGCACAUACAUUGCCGGCUCCGCUCUAGGAAACUUGAUCGGACAGGCAGUCGACUUGGGUGCCAUCAGCAUCCAGGGAGGCGUCUACGCAGGACACGAGUGGAAAUGGAUUUUCGUCAUCCUUGGAGUGAUCGCCAUGGCAUAUGGAGUCGUUGCUACCAUCGCCUUCCCAUCCGCUCCGAUGCGAGCCUGGUUUUUAAACGCUCGAGAGAAGCAGAUUGCCGUCCGCCGCUUGGCCAAGAAUAACACUGGCAUCCAAACUCGUUCUUUCAAAUGGAAGCAAGUUGUUGAGGGCGUGUUGGACCCUCAGGUCUGGCUCUUGGGGAUUUACUCGUUCGCUUUUUCCUUCAACAACAACGCAUUGGGGUCAUUUGGUGCUUUCCUGGUCUCUUCAUUUGGUGUGUCGCCUACAGAAGCCAUCAAAUUGUCUAUGCCCAUCUCAGCCAUUGCUGUGGUCUGCAUGGUUUCCUCUGGUAUCCUGGGCACGUUGUUCCCGCGCCACCGCAUUCUUAUCGCCAUGGCAUACAUCGCGCCCAGUAUCAUCGGCAAUGUGAUUUUGUGGAAGGUCAAGACCAGCUUCGGCUCCCUGCUAGGAGGUCUAUACAUCGCCGCCACUUUCUAUGGAGCAUUGAUCCAAGGCUUUUCUUUGAUCGCUGCCAACACAGCUGGACACACAAAGAAAACUGUCAUCAACGGAAUCAUUGUUAUCAUUUCCAACCUUGGCGGAUUUGCCGGUCCAUUCGCAUACAAGGCCAAAGAAGCUCCACAGAAUUACCCCACCGGACAGAUAUCUGCCAUUGUCCUGCUCGUAGCAUCUCUGGUCUCAUUCACCCUGCUCAACUUCUACUACCGCUACCAGAAUCGCCGCAAGAUUACACAGCGGGAGCAGAACCCCGAGCUCGUGAACGACCCAAAUCUCGCGUUCUUGGACUUGACCGACAAGCAGAACCCUGCUUUCAUUUACUCUACGUAGAGUUCGUUCACGAUCCUGUGUUCAUUCCGUAUUUUGCGAAUAAGAUAUCCACGAAACACGUUUCCUAUUUUCACGUACCAGAUUCUCUCGAGCCACGAAUCUGCUCAUUCUCGAUCCUAAAGUUACUGCGGCUCCAAGCCCACGUGCUACCUCAUUGAACUUCGAUACAUGUCAAGGUCGCAUGGCGGUCUUCCAUCCGUCCGAAAAUUCCAAAGCUCCCUCAGGGAC